GGGUGCCAGUUUGGCCCAGGUCAACGCCAUGCUGAGGGAACAGCUGGAGCAAGCCAACGUGGCCAAUCAGGCCCUCAGCGAGGACAUCCGAAAGCUGACCAUGGACUGGACGAAAGCCCGAGAGGAGCUGCAACAGCGGGAGGCGGAGUGGAGGCGAGAGGAAGAGUCGUUCAAUGACUAUUUCAGCAGUGAGCACAGCCGGCUGCUCACCCUCUGGCGCCAAGCGGUCAGCCUCAGGAGGCACUUCAGUGAAACGAAGAGCAUGACAGAAAG